AUGAAGGAGUUGUCCGGCCCCGUUUGGCGGCGACUCGCCAGCAAAGAUCGCUUCCGCUACGCGUCCGCACUGUGGCGCGCCCUAUCCCGAGCAGAGCGUGGCGAGUACGACGCGCGCGCGGUGGCGAUCCGCGAAGAUGCGCAGAGGCUCAGAGAAAACCCGGUUGAAGACCAGUGGGUUUUGGUCGAGGCCAACGGCUCAGCGGUGGCGGCGGAGGCGCGAACGGUCGCGGACGACCCUGGGGUGGGGGUUCCCCGAGCGGAACCCAUGUGGCGUGCUCACUCAGACCACUCUUCAACAACCCCUUCCGCCUACCCUGCGGCGGACACGACCUCCUACGACGCAGGGGUCCCCUUGCCGGGCUUCCAGGACUAUACCACGAGGUGGCAGCUUCCUCCCUCCCAGUCUUCUGGCCACGUCGACUCGGCUAUGCCACAUGUCGCUGGUUUAUCAGACACGCCACACUCCCCGUGGCCGAUUAGCCAGAAUGUGUGCGCACCUUUCCCCGACUCCAUGGUCUCCCCUGCCCGCUAUUGCGACCGCUCGCUCUCCUGGUCCACUCCUGUUACCCAGGCUAACUCGCCAAUGCUGGGCACCGACCUCCUCGACGCUAUCGAGUCUGGACGCGACUUCUGCCAGUGGACACAGCCCGGGAUGCAGUCGGCGGACAACGGUAUGAGCUGGUCCGCUGCUCAGGUCAUGGACUUGUCCAAUGGAUCGCAUUAUUCCACCGGACAGGCGCUCUCAGGCGCCGACGCUUCCUCCGUGGACUUCUGCGCUGGCGAUUCGUCUGGUGGCGCAGUGCAGGCCUGGGCCAUCUUGCCCGCGAAUGCGCAGCAGGAAGAAUUUGUUGCUGCUGAAGAGUGGACUGCUUUCAUCAAUCGCCUUCUAGUCGCCGACGAGAACUCAGCUCACGCGCCGAGUCCGAUAAGCUUCGCGCACGAGACGUUGGGCCGCUGCUCUCCCGCAUCGCAAGCGGUCAUCGAACUUCUGGCGGGAACUUUGAGACAUGGUGGCGGAGAUUCGCUCUACCCCACGCCCUCGCCCAGCGUUGGAUCGCCCACAAAGAUGGCGGGCGAUGCAUUCUGCGAAGUUGGGUCACCAGGGUUGUCAGCGGCGGAUGCACCCUCAGGCUCGAGAAUAGAACACUAUGAGGACCCACCAUUGACGCCUUCCACUCUCGUGGCUAGUCCCCAUGAGGGGUGGUCGAAAUCUACCGAGCCAGGUUCUUCCGGCGGCGAUUCCACCACUGCUGCGCCCUUCAUGGCAAUGAUUUUGGAGGUGGCAUCGCUGGCAUCGGAGCGUUACGGUGCAACAUCUACAAUAUGA